AUGGGUGCCCCAGAUCUUUCAGGAGAGCUGAACUGCAGCUUCUUGGAAGCAUCUGGCUGUGAGCAGUGCGCGCAGCCUAAGGCUGCUGCUGCUGCUUCAGAGCUUCACGGGCUAUGCAGAAAACCUGCUCAGUGGGCGAGCCGUCCCCCCAGCGCGGGCAGUGGGACCCUGCAUGUCUGCGGGGCUGACGGUGAGGAGAAGAAGGCUUGCAGAAAGGAGAUCCCCACCCUGCAAUCCACUUCCCAGGCUGGGAAACCUGAGAAGGAGCACCUGAAACACUGCUCACCUGACGUUUUGGAGUUAAGAACUUCCACAGAAGUUGCCCGGUCCACUUCUUCAUGCCCAUUGCUGAGCGUCCGUGCAUCAGACAGUGAUGCCUCGGGCAGCUCCCUGCCCAGGGCUGCCUGCAGCGGGGCCGAGAGCAGCUGCAGUGUCCCCACACAGACAACCGGGUCAUCUCUGGGACUCUGCAACACCUGUGUCAGCGCGCAGGCCAGCCUCCGCGAGGUCGGCAAAGCCAUCACUGGCAUCUGCCAGAGCCAGAACAUCCCCUCAGCUCUGAGCAGGUUCCAGGAGAUGGAGGAAAGCGCAGGGAGAAGGAUCCUCUCUGCAACGGACAUGAGCUACUGGGCCUCAGAGCAGAGCAAGGACCUCUCCCGGAUCAGCAAACACCUCCAGAUGCUGCUGCAGCAGGUCAACCCGCUGAAGUCUGAGCUGGAAGAGUCAGAGAAACAGAAGGACGAGCUGCAGAAACAGGUUGAGGACUUUUCCCAGUUGCUUCAGGCGGAGAAGGAGACCCAAGCGCAGCAGAGGAAGGAGGCUGAGCAGAACCUGCAAUUCAAGAACAAAGAGUAUUCAGAGGCCGUAGCCAGGCUGGAGCGGGACAAGGACGACCUACGCAGAGGAGCUGCUCUUCUGGAAGAGCGACUUUCCGCAUUAAAGGAGGAGCUGGCUGAGAAGCAGGCUGCUGUGCAGGAGCUGGAGGUGACCAAGACCUUGCUGGAGGAGACAAGGACCACAAUGGUGGCCAGGAGCCAGGUGCUGGAGCUGGAGGAGAAGGUGCGGCUGCUCACUGGCCAGCAGGAGAGCCUGGGCCAGGAGCUGAGUGCCACCACCACCCAGCUGGAGAAGGAGAAGGCCAAAGUGGAGAGCAUGCUGAGGCACCAAGAGUCCCUGCAGGCCAAGCAGAGGGCCCUGCUGCAGCAGCUCGACAGCCUGGACCAGGAGCGCAAGGAGCUGCAAGCCAGCCUGGGAGAGGCCGAGGAAGGCAAGGCCAGGCUGGCAGAGCAGCUGGAGGAGAGCCAGGAGCAGAGCGGGCAACAGCUACAGGCACAGCAGGAGGUGCUGGAUGCGCUGCAGCAGGAGAAGCUGAGCCUGGAACGGUCUGUCUCAGAGCUGCAGGCAAAUGUCUCCAAGCUGGAGGAGCAGGCGCGGGAGCUGAAGGAACGGGAGAAGCUCCUGGUGUUCUUCCCUGAGCUCCACGUUCCCACCGAGACGCAGUUUGAGAGCACUGGCAGCUUGACCCAGGACAUGGAGAAGCAACUGCAGGCCAACAGCAUCCGGAUCGGGGUGCUGGAGCAGGAGAACGCACGGCUCAGGUCUGCGCUAGCCAAGGUGAAGGCGGCUGCUGAGCAGGGCGUGCUGAAGCUUGUCCCGCAGCCCCAGCUGUGGUCCCAGCUCAGCAGCCAGCGUGGUGGGGAGGCCAGCAGGCAGCAGAGCAGCUGGGGCAGCAGGGACAGCACGGGGACACAUGGACACACAGGCGAGGCCCGGCAGCGAGCUGCCAGCAGCCAGCGCCCAAAACCACCCUUGGCAGAGCCUGUGUGCAAGGCUGGGCCCUGCCUCUCCCUCCCGGCCGAGGGGCUGGUGCUCAGCCCCCCCAAGCCAAGAGGGAGAGGCAGAACCCCGCCCCCCUCCUCUUGCCGCACGGGUGGCCACCGCAAAUAAAACGCUUACGAGACUGACGCAGAAACAAAGCCUUCGGUGAGCAGCCACCUUGCCCUGUCCCACCGGACCUCAUUACCUCUCCUUUGUGCCUCACAAGGGCGCAUUCCCUUGGGAAACCCAGUCUCUCUGCCCGUCCCAUUCCAUUGAGCCUGCACACGGAAGGCGUAGGGAGCCUGGGGACAUGGUCCCGCAGCGGCUCCGCCACCAGCCACCCUCCGCCUGUUGCUUCGCUUUGUUCUCUGCAGGACUGUGGCACCGAAUGGGUCUGUGCAGUUUUCCCCAUUGUCCCUCUCCGUUGGGCAAUGCUGUGGUUUGCGAUAAAACCAAGGGUGACGGCGCAGAGGGCCGGG